GCUGGAAUCUUACCAACAAGGUCCUGAAGAACUGAUAAACAGAUGACCACCCGUCAGACUACACAGGGGUCUUUAUUGCAUCCAGGCUGGAAUUAGCCCAAAGAUACUACUCAAAGUGGACAAUGAACAACACUGCUGAGUGCCAUGAUGAUCACACCCUGGAUAAGUAUUUAUUUCCACUUGUGUACAGCGUUGUGAUGAUCAUCAGUAUUCCUAUCAACUGCAUAAGCCUCUAUGCAUCUUGCAUUCAGGUGAGGAAGAAGAAUGAGUUAGCAGUCUACAUCUUCAGCCUAUCCCUGGCUGACCUUUUGUACUCUCUAAUUCUGCCUAUGUGGAUUGAUUAUGCCUGGAAUGGAGAUAACUGGAGACUCUCUGCCUUGCUUUGUCAGAUUUCUGCCUUCCUUAUGUAUAUGAAUUUCUACACUGGUACUGCGUUCCUUGCUUGCAUCUCUGUUGACAGGUAUCUGGCAUUAGUUCACCCCCUGAAGCUCCAGCACUUGCGCACAAGAAGAUUUUCAUUGAUUGUCAGCAUAAUUGUUUGGCUUCUGGAAAGCACCUUCAAUUCAGUCAUAUUGGUAUACAAAGAAGUGUUCCAUGAUCCUUGCAAUUUCACUAAUCAUACAUUAUGCUAUGACAAAUACCCCCUGGAAUGGUGGCAGGCACAGAUAAAUUUAUUCCGGAUAUGCUCAGGGUACCUGCUCCCUUUGGUAAUCAUUGUGUUUUGCUACCAUAAAAUCUACCAAGUAGUAAGGUCUAAUCAAGCCACAAUAGAUGAAGAGAAGAAAAAAGUAAGGAAACUUAUUCUGAAUAUCACAGUUACUUUUGUUGUUUGCUUUACUCCUUAUCAUGUUAUGUUGUUUAUUCGCAGCAUCAAAGAACCUUACACCAGUGACCCACAGCUUUUGCAGUUGAUGUAUAAGGUUUACAGAGUCACACAGGCCUUAACAAGUUUGAAUUGUAUUGCUGAUCCCAUUCUUUACUGCUUUGUGAGUGAAACUGCACGAACAGACAUACUGAAUUUGCUCAGGUGUUGCUUGUGCCUACAAAAGCAUGAGGGAGACCAAGUGAAAGAUCAUGCCCUGUGCAGUUCUGCUAUAAAGAGCAGUGAACUGAUCAUCUCCAGAACUUUCUGUGAAACGGAGUCUGUCACAAAAUCCUGAACAAGGAAAUUUGCAUAAUGAAAAUAGCAAAGAAAGAAAAAUUCUUCCCCAGUUUCUACCUAGGAAAUACUCCAAAAAUCAAUGAUACUAAUCUAAGUGAAACCAGUAGCUGGAGCUGAUAAGAACUUAUUAUAGGAGCAAUGAAAUAAAUGCAGCAUCAACACAUAUCUUUAAAUCAGACCUGGUACAUAAAUCCAUGUUGACAAACAAACGCACAGUCAAAAUGACCCUGACACACUGAUAAAAUUACUUAGGAUCUCUCACAAAAAUAUUUCCUGUCACAGCUUGCUAGCUAGCCCACAUGCUGGGCAUACACAUACUGAGCUGGAGGAAGCUGAAAUCCUCUUAACCUAGUAAUUUGAUUUCAAGUUUUAGUUGAAAUCUAAGCUUAGCUGGGAAGGAGCCCCAAAAGGGAUUUUAUUUAUUUAUUUUUUUUUUAAUCAGUACUGUGAUAGAAGUGAAUAAAGCACACAUAAGUGAAAAUCAUUCAAAUGAUUGAUAAAGGAGCGUACAGAGGUAGGAUGGUAAAUGUUCUCUCUAAUGUCAUGCUGUGAUUUAUGCUGCUAUGGUGGUUCCUGUGUUUCAGUAAUUACUUGAGUUCUCCUUCAGCGUACCCCUGCGAUUAGCCAUUUCUUACAAUUGCUUACCUCAUGCGGACAGGUAGUUACCUGCUCUUAAGCUUUUCAGCUUUUGUUUUCUUUGGAAAAUAUAUGUUCUAAUGUAUAACCAUAUGUUGUGUAGUUUCAUUACAAUACCAAGUUUCAGACAGUUGAGUAUUCAUUACUUCAAGUUCCUAUAGAAAACCAAAUUUUAGACAUCAGUGUUUUAACUCAGAUUAAAUUUUUGCCAAUAUAUUCAAGAAGGAAAGAGAAGGAUUGAAAGGUGAGGUUUCACAUCUCCACAACAUAAAGGAUCACCCUUUAAUCUUGCUUAUUAUGACUGAAAUCUAGAGCGUGUUUGUGUUUGCAGAGUCAGUAGAUCAAGAAGGUUUAUACCCAUUUUCAUAACUGUACAUGGAAGCUUUGGCUGGAUGUUCCUGGGCUUUCAGUCUGACAGUUCUGAAAAAUCAAACACAAACCAGCAAGCAAUACUGACAAACCAGCAAAGGACAUGAAUGUACCAACAAACAUUAAGAAUGGUGGCUAAAGUACCCACAUUUUUAAAAGUUUGAAGUUGGCACAAAUAAAAGUACAGCUGUCAGUUCAGGGGCCUGUUAGUUGCACAGGCCCCUGCAACUGCUGUGGGGUUCCCUGGUAGCAGCAGGCACUGAACCCUCUGAAAAGAGUUAAAAUACCAUGGAAAGUCUGCUUUCUCUCUUCUCUCAACCUUUUCACUUUUGUUCAGCUGCCAGGAAGAAUGUUUGGUUAUGGCGGUUGCCCAUUUUCAUAGGGAAAUUUUUUUUUCUUGAAAAAGUCCUCCUGUUGCAAGUCCAUGUAGCUGAAAGAGUAUGAGGAUUUUGGCAAGCACUUUUUCAGUACACUUCUAGGUCUGACAUUGUACUUGGAGGUUAAGCAUAAGGUGGUCACAAGCAAUAUGGAAAUUCUUAUGAGAAGAUCCUUCUGCCUGUAAAUCAUAAAUUUCUCUAUUACAAAGAGCCACUUUCAUUGUUUUCAUGAAUUCAUGUUUGUGUCUGUUUAUACUUUUGAUUAAUUUCACAUUCUGCAAAGAAACCUUGAGAGGCUGAGGAGGAUGGGCUUGUUCAUCCUGGAGAAGACUUUGUGGACCUAGUGGCAGCCUUGCAAUACCUGCAGGGAGGGUAUUGAGAAGAAGGAACCAAUCUUUUCAGAAGAGUGCAUAGCAGGAGGACAAUAAGUCAUGUGCAUAACUUGAGGCAAGAAGGGUCAGAGUUGAUGUAAGGAAAAACUUUUGAACUACAAUGACUGACAAGCAGUGGAGCAGGUUGCACUAUGAUGUUCUACAUGCUCCAUCCUGACAGGUUUUCCAGACUGAGCUGAACAAAGCCCUGAGCAACAUGGUCUGGCCUCAUAGCUGACCUUCUUUGCGCACAAGGUUGGACUAGAGACUUCCUGAAGUGCCUUCCAACCUGAAUUGUCAUCGGUCCUAUAGACUGUGUAUGUCAGUAUUCUGGCUGUUGCUUCCUCUCUAAAAAACUAUGUUCCAUUCUUUUCUUUGUUUCCAUUUGCUG